AGCCGCCCCUCGCUGCCUGCCUCCAGGCCUCGGGCAGCCUCCAGUGGCCGCGGCGCCGCCGCUGGCGUCCCCCGCCCCCAUCCCCGCGCGCAAGUGCGAGGCUGCCCGCGGCGCGGCGCACGCUCGGCUACUUUCGGCUUCCGCGCAAAACUUCGAGCCGGUCCACGUGAAGUUGUCGCUCCCCUUUCAGAGGGGGAUAGAACUUUGGGAAACGCUGGGGAGUGACGACCGUGGCGGCCGGGCGCGCGCUCUCUUUUUCUUUUCUACUUUUCCCCGCCCGUCGUCAGUCCAGAGUUUUGGCUCCUCUUUUUUCCUCCUCCCCCUCGGAGCCUGCUUGUCCCCCCGCCCCGUUUCUCCCCCACUUGUGUACGCUAUUUGUUGGGGGGGGGGGAACGAAGGGGAUGUCCUGUUUUCACCAGAGGCACAGCGCGAAGGGGAAACUUCGACACUGGAAAGAACGAGAAUAAAUACCUAAACACGGACGCACGGAUCCCCUGCUGGGACACUUGAACUUCAAAAUCCCGAGGCGGUUGGAUCGGCAAGAGAUAGUCCAUUCUGAAUUGAAGGAAGCUGCUUCUACUUGGGAGUGGCGGGAGAAGUGAGAAAACCACAUGGAAGACUCCCAGGAUUUAAAUGAGCAAUCAGUAAAGAAAACGUGCACAGAUUCAGAUGUUUCAGAACCUCAGAAUUCCAGGUCUAUGGAAAUGCAGGACCUAGCAAGUCCUCACCCUCUCGUUGGAGGCAGCGAUACUCCGGGGAGCUCCAAACUGGAGAAAGCUAACCUCAGCAGCACAUCCGUCACCACCAAUGGGACAGGAGGGGACAACAUGACUGUUUUAAACACUGCAGACUGGUUGCUGAGUUGCAACACCCCCUCUUCUGCAACAAUGUCUCUCCUUGCAGUCAAAACAGAGCCUUUGAACAGCAGUGAAACCACAACCACGACUGGAGAUGGAGCGCUUGACACUUUUACUGGGUCAGUAAUAACAAGUAGUGGCUACAGUCCCAGAUCAGCACAUCAAUAUUCCUCGCAGCUCUACCCUUCCAAGCCCUAUCCACACAUUCUUUCUACACCAGCAGCUCAAACAAUGUCUGCCUACGCGGGCCAGACUCAGUAUUCGGGAAUGCAGCAGCCGGCAGUCUACACAGCGUACUCACAGACAGGACAGCCCUACAGCCUGCCCACCUACGACUUGGGUGUGAUGUUGCCAGGCAUCAAGACGGAGAGUGGACUUCCACAGACUCAGUCUCCAUUACAGAGCGGGUGCCUCAGUUACAGCCCAGGGUUCUCCACCCCACAGCCGGGCCAGACACCUUAUUCUUACCAGAUGCCAGGUUCUAGUUUUGCACCAUCAUCUACUAUUUAUGCAAAUAAUUCCGUUUCCAACUCAACAAAUUUCACCGGCUCACAACAGGAUUAUCCAUCUUACACAGCCUUUGGCCAAAACCAGUAUGCACAGUAUUACUCAGCAUCGACAUACGGAGCAUAUAUGACAUCAAAUAACACAGCUGAUGGCACGUCAUCCUCAACCUCAACCUAUCAGUUGCAGGAAUCUCUCCCAGGACUGACUAGCCAACCAGGUACAGAUCUUCAUCCAGGAGAGUUUGACACGGUGCAGAGCCCCUCCACACCCAUUAAAGACCUGGAUGAGAGGACGUGUCGGAGUUCGGGGUCAAAGUCCCGAGGCAGAGGCCGCAAAAACAACCCCUCCCCGCCGCCUGACAGCGACCUGGAGCGUGUGUUUGUCUGGGACUUGGAUGAAACCAUCAUUGUUUUUCACUCACUGCUCACAGGUUCUUACGCCCAGAAGUACGGCAAGGAUCCCCCCAUGGCUGUAACUCUUGGACUCCGAAUGGAGGAAAUGAUUUUUAAUCUUGCUGAUACACAUUUAUUUUUUAAUGAUUUAGAGGAGUGUGAUCAAGUUCAUAUAGAUGAUGUUUCCUCUGAUGAUAAUGGUCAGGACUUAAGUACCUACAGUUUUGCAACUGAUGGCUUCCAUGCAGCUGCAAGUAGUGCAAACCUUUGUUUGCCAACAGGUGUAAGAGGAGGGGUGGACUGGAUGAGGAAGUUGGCUUUUCGUUACAGAAGAGUAAAAGAAUUAUACAACACCUACAAGAACAAUGUCGGAGGACUCCUUGGCCCGGCCAAGAGAGACGCGUGGCUGCAGCUAAGGGCAGAGAUCGAAGGCCUGACUGACUCCUGGCUAACAAAUGCACUCAAGUCUUUAUCAAUCAUUAGUACUAGGAGUAACUGCGUAAAUGUCUUGGUAACGACGACCCAACUGAUCCCAGCUCUUGCGAAGGUUCUGCUCUAUAGUUUAGGAGGUGCUUUCCCCAUUGAGAAUAUUUACAGUGCAACUAAAAUAGGAAAAGAAAGUUGCUUUGAACGAAUAAUGCAAAGGUUUGGCAGAAAAGUAGUGUAUGUGGUAAUUGGGGAUGGUGUAGAAGAAGAACAGGCAGCAAAAAAGCACAACAUGCCCUUCUGGAGGAUAUCCAGUCACUCAGACCUCUUGGCUCUACAUCAAGCACUGGAAUUAGAAUAUUUGUAACUGUGUUCUCUAGCUGGAGAUCCGUUGUUUUUUUUUUUAAUAUUUCAAGUACACUGAAUUUUUAUGUGUGAUUCAAUGCCUCUGGCUUUACACAUAUAAAUUGUCUUAAAGGAUGAUAUCAUAUUUGGAAUGAAACUUCCAGAAUGAAGAAUUCAGAUUGCUGAAUGGAAUUAAACUUUAGUGCUACAGAAAGGAAGCUCUAUGGUCUUAUAUUUACAACACUUUAAUGAUUUAACAAAAAAAUAAUAAUCUGUGGAGGUUGCUGGUACAUACGGAAUGAGUCCUAACUGGAAUUAACAGCUUUAGCACAGAGCACAGAGCGAAGCAGCACCACGUGCUCCGUCUGACAAGGUGGUUUGCAACGACAUUCCUCAACAUGGGAGAUCCUCUCGGCCCUGAGGUUUGAAUCUGACUUUAGCCUACCUAGCCCAGAAAAUCUGAAUUGGAAUGCACUCAGACUGUGUAAGGACAGUCCUGUCUACACCUGUAAUUUGUGUAAAUUAUUGAUGAAAAUAAUUUACUGUGACUUUAUUAGCAGCUGACUUUGAAAGUGGAUGCAAUUUUUCUUUCAUUUGUCGGGGAGGGACGAGGGAGGGGAAAUGGGAAUCUGAUAUCGUCUCUUUUUUUAAGUUUGGCGAACAGAACGUUCAUACUGAUGUGUUGUGCCUUAAAGACGAGACAGCAUUUGUGUGUUACAAUGUAACUUUGGUUGAGAAUCUCUGUAGAUAAUGAAAAACAAAAACCUUUGUGAUCUUAACAUGACCAAAUUUAAAAUUCAAGCUAUCAGAGCUUAAUACUACAUCAGCAAGAAACUAUUUGUUGCUAUAAGAAAACAAUAAUAAUAAAAGAAAGCUUGUGUUUUAUUUGGGUUCUUAAUAAUUCCAAUAAUUAUAUGAGGCAACUAUUAGUGCAUCCAACCAGAAGCAGGAGGUUUGGGAAAGACUGUGGGACCUUUACUUAGAAAGUGAAAUGUGUGUCGAAGUCCUGAGCAUCCUUUCAACCGUUUUAUUGGAGAAAACUAAGAGCCAUAUUCAUGAGGACUUGUACUGUUUUAAGUUUGGCUUUUUGAUAAGUGUAAGUUGCAUAGAAGAAAAUAUUUUUAUAAAAAUGAUAAGCGAGUAUCACCCAAACUUUCUUAGAAUAAGCCAGGAAGACAGCUUGAAAUUCACAUUUGAGUAAACAUGGCUGACAAUAAAGCUAAGAGCACAUUUUUCCAAUGCCAUUGCAAAAAUGAAACAUCCCUGGUAGUGGAAGGUGGAUGCCCCAGAUGGCUUCUUAGGAAAAAAGUGACUCAAUGAAAAUUUUACCUAGAAUAUCAUCGUAAAAUAAAUCAGCAAGUGAGCCGCAUCUUGGCAGCAGUACUGAAAUUACAACAGUGGAAUAGUACCUGGUUCUCUGUCUUGACACAUCAAUCCAGUUUCCCUCCACUGGAGACCUGCAUAUCUUAGUUUCUGCCUGCACUGUUACUGCACAAUGAACCGCAUUCAUUGCAAGGGGAACCUGGCAUCGUUGUGUUUGCAUGUUUUUUUCUCUUGGUGUGUAGCCCAUGUUAGGAACAUGAUACAGGUUCUCCUGUCAUUUUGUGUGACAUGAUUUCCCUUGUGGAAAUUUAAGCCUUCACGAUCUAGGAGUGUUUGCAUGAUGUCUGCACCUGCAGUCCUGUAUUUAAAAUGUCAUAACGUGGGACUGGAGUCCAGCCACCAGCCAGCGCCCUAACCUGAGGCUGGUUGUGAUAGCUUCACCCUCUGAGGUGGCUUCGGUGGCUCCCCUAAGGUCAGUGCUUUGCACACCGAUCACAACACUCGGUGUAGAAAUGUGAUUUUAUUUUUCAGGCUAUAAACCUGUAUUUCUCUACUAAAUGUGAAGGCCAUGUUUACACUGGGCAGAAGGAGAGUGAGAUCCAAUUUUACAUCCGAUUGUGAAUUCAUCAUGCAAACCUUAAACUUGACACUUUGUAGCCUUUGGCUACCUCUGCCCUAAGUACAGUUGCAGACAAAUUAAGGUGGGAAUGCUAAUAAUAAUAAUAAUAAUUCUAUGUUUCUGUUAGCCUUUAGCUUGAAAAUAACAGUUUAAAAAUUAAAGAGCUGCAUUGAUUAUCAAUAAUUAUAUUUUGUGCACUAAAAUCUUAAAUAUUUAUUACUGUGAAUAAAACAAAAUUAUCUUUACUGUAUGGCCAGUUUCUUUAAAUGACAGAAUUGUGGCAUUACAUCCAAAUUUUUCAUUCUUUUUCAUAUCAAGCAAGCAAGGCUUCUUAUGCUGCUAAGCCUGCAGGUGCAGAGAGGGACAAGCCCUCAGAGAGCAAAGAAAAGGGUCGCUGAUUGCCUCACCCUGUGCUGUUUCUCACACCCAGCUUCUCCUCUGAUUGUGUGUUCAGAAAAGGCUGCCAGCACAAAACCUGAAGGCUAGGUCAAAGGAGAAGAGCUUGUUUGUCACACCAGUGGAGCAGGCCAAGGAACCAGCAUCACAGCUGGUCACGUGACUUUGAGCAUGCUCAGAAUAGAACCCUUCCCUUCCCACCUUAGUAACAGAAGAUCCUCUUCCUUUCUGAUGUGGAAAAAAGUUAACCAACAAGCAACCAGCCCCUUUGGCAAUAUCCGCAUUCUAUUUACUUGUAAAAUAUUGUGCCUUAUGGUAAACAAGUUUGAAAAAUAUUCUGCAACUUAAAUGAGUUUAUGGCUACUUCAUGUACAAGUGUGGUAUAUGACUGGGAAAGGUAACUAUCUUGUGUUGCACCUGAAAUAUCAAGAUAGGUCGUCCUGGUGUAAUAUUAGAGCAUACAAGAUUAAGUCAUGAUGCCCCAGAGAAAGUUUGUAAAUCAAACUUAGAGGCAAAAUAAAACAUUUAGAAUCAUGCAGUUUGUGCACAAAAAGUAGAUAAUAACUCUAAAAAAAUUUUCCCCUGGUCUCUGGUGAACUAAGAUGCAAAAUAGUGUCAACAGCAUUCUUUGGUAUGGGUUUUUUACAGCUCAUUUGUUUAUGACAAGCCUACAUUCUCAGUGAAUAUGGCGUUUAGUAUUUCUUUAAAAAAAAAACAAACUUAAGCAUCAUGAGCCAAAGUUGCAUUUUGACUCCUUACUAUGGUAGCAUGAUGGAGAUCUCACAGUCAAAGUCAAGGGUUUCUGUUAUGUAUUAGUAAAAUAUAGAUUAUGGGGGCCUACAUAAUUUAAAGAAAUGUAAAUUAAUAUUAAAAGCUUGUAAAAAUAUGUACAUCUUUACUAUUUCUCA